AUCGUGGCAGAGUUGCAGAACGCCAGUCCUCAGGGAAGCUGGAAUCAUCGGUAGCCACCGUCGAUGAUAGUGUGGCCCGGCGUACGGUCGAGUGUCGCCGACGUGACGUGCGGAGAAGGGGACGAAGAAAGGGGCCGCACUCCUCGAGACCGCCGAAAAGCAGGACCCCGUGAAGAGCGGAGUCAUGGGAAGCAGCCCAGGCACCCGCGCCUGCUACGCGGCGGCGGGCAUUUUCACCCUGUCGGGGUUCUUGCUGUCCGGUGCCAGCGUGACCAUCGUCAUGAUGAUCGUGCGCGACGAUAAGCUCGACGAGCAGCUUUGGACGGCCGCCGUCCUCGUGGUCGGCGUCAGCUUCGGCGUCCUCUGCCUGGGCAUCCUCGUCUGCGCAUGCGCCAUGUGCAAGCGCAUGGCUGCCAGUCAGGCCGCCCUCGACAAGGCUGACGCGGUCCAGGACAAGGGCGUCCGGGCCCCCCUCACCGGGACGCCCGCUGUCUUCCCCACCGUGACCACCGUGCGUGUCUGGAGUACCACGGGCUCCCUGGACCCGCUACUGCCGGGACAGGUGCCCGACAGCCCCUCGGAGACCGAGGAUGACGACGCACCUAGGGCCGCCGAAUCCCAGGAGGCCGCCUGAGGUUUUCUCGGCCGUCGUGCUAACGCGCACGGCCGUGCGCGAUGCAUCCUGUGCAACUGAGAAGCGCGGGCGGACUUGUGGCGGUGAUAUGAAGGGCUCUCGGGGCUCGUGUGCGGUGCUGAUGACGGCCGUGGAGACCUGAGGUCGGCGAACGGAGCUGUGACUCUGACCCGAUGCUCCGGUGUCAAUACAAAAGACCCGCUUGGUGCGCUCGUUCAGACAGAUGGGUUCCGGUGUCGUAACUAUCUCCGCGGCAACUGCCCCUUCCGAAACCGUGUGGAGGUUCUCUCCGCCCGAUGAGUGAGCGGCAGUGGUCGUUACAUUAUGUACGCUUCUUAGUCUGAAAACCGUCUUUGCUCCGUGGUAUGAUCGUCACUGUGUGAAGCGGAAGCGAUAUGUACAUAUGCCUAGUACGUGUACAAAGGGUCUGUCAUGUCAUUCAUUCUAUUCGAGAAUAUAGGGGACAGAAACAAUACUUGGAGGCGCAAGAAAAGUCUGGUUGCUUCACCUCUAGCAGGCACAAAAUGUCUAACCCUCGGAGAGCGCAUUUAUAUUCACACACCUGAAACUGCUGCUGCCAAUAAAUCCUGGGGAUCGCGCAGAUAAAGUUCGCACAACGGGUCAGGAAGACUCGCGCUCGUGAGCGGAGUCAGUGUAGUGGUUCUCCCUUAAAAUUACUAUGCCAAAGUAUAAAUAACCCAACCGCUGAAAAAGGCUAUUUGUAGAGACAAG